UCUGCGCAGUGUGAGAAUUCCGAGGUCAGUACGACGCGCGCAUUAUUAGUUAGUUGGCAUGGGGCGCAAGGUGAAACUAGCCACUUGUUGUCUAAAUCAGUGGGCUUUAGACUUCGAUGACAACGCAAAACGAAUUCUGGCGAGUAUUGCAGAGUCCAAGAGGCGAAGAGCAGCUUACAGACUAGGGCCAGAGCUAGAGAUUUGUGGGUACGGUUGUGCAGAUCAUUUCUUGGAGAGCGAUACGUUCCUGCACUGUUUCCAGGUGCUUGUUGACCUUCUCGAGUCGCCAGUUACUGCAGACAUCAUCUGUGAUGUUGGAAUGCCUGUGAUGCAUCGCAACGUUCGAUACAACUGUCGUGUGAUAUUCUUCAAUAGAAAGAUAUUGCUUAUUCGGCCAAAGAUGCAUCUGGCAAUGGAUGGCAAUUACAGAGAAGGUCGGUGGUUUACACCUUGGAAUAGACCAAGAGAGACAGAAGAUUAUUAUUUACCACGAAUGAUUCAAGAUGUGACUGGACAGGUGACUGUACCAUUCGGGGAUGCCAUCAUAGCUACCUUGGACACUUGCAUAGGAACUGAGAUAUGUGAAGAGCUGUUUACACCAAACAGUCCUCACAUUCACAUGGGUUUGGAUGGUGUCGAGAUUUUUACUAAUGCCAGUGGAAGUCAUCAUUCUUUGAGGAAGCUUCAUGUUCGAGUUGAUCUAAUGCGAGGGGCAACAGCAAGGGUUGGUGGCGUCUAUGUUUAUUCAAAUUUGAGAGGAUGUGAUGGGGAGAGAGUAUAUUAUGAUGGCUGUGCAAUGGUUAUGGUCAACGGUGAAAUUGUAGCUCAAGGCGAACAAUUCUCAUUGGAAGAAGUGGAGGUCAUUACUGCCACGGUUGAUCUAGAAGAUGUAAGAGCCUUUCGUGGAUUACGUCCCAGUGCUUGCAGUCAAAGUGCAAAAGCACCAGGAUAUCCUCGUGUCUUUGUUGACUAUGCUCUCACAUCAUGUGAUGAUAUUAGCAUUUGCAUCAGUCCUCCUAUACAAGUGAAGUACCAUACACCAGAAGAGGAGAUUUGCUUGGGACCAGCUUGUUGGCUGUGGGAUUAUCUUCGAAGAAGUAAACAGGCUGGGUUUUUUCUACCACUCAGUGGUGGUAUUGACAGUUCUGCAACCGCAUGUAUUGUGUCAUCAAUGUGUCACUUGGUUUGUGAUGCUGCUCAGUUAGGAAAUCAGAGUGUCAUAGUGGACUGUAGACGAAUUAUUGGAGUGUCUGUUGAUGGUGAAUAUGUUCCUGCUGACCCGAAAGAGCUUUGCAAUCGUAUUUUUGUCACAUGUUACAUGGGUACCGAAAAUUCAUCAGCUGAGACAAGAUCAAGAGCAGGGAAUUUAGCGAAGGAAAUUGGAAGUUACCAUUUGAGCAUUGGUAUUGACACCGCAGUCAGAGCUGUAAUAGGAAUAUUUAAGACAGUUACUAAACUAACGCCACAGUUCAAAGUUUAUGGCGGAUCGGAGAGAGAAAACCUUGCACUACAGAAUGUUCAGGCUCGUUUGAGGAUGGUGUUGUCCUACUUGUUUGCACAGCUCAUCUGUUGGACUCGUGGUACUAAUGGAGGUCUGCUAGUUUUGGGAUCUGCUAAUGUUGAUGAAAGUUUAAGAGGUUACAUGACUAAGUAUGAUUGCUCCAGUGCAGAUCUUAAUCCCAUUGGCAGUAUCAGUAAAACUGAUCUAAGAAGUUUUAUUAAGUUUGCAAUGCAGCAUUUUGGAUUGAAAUCAUUAGGAAGCAUUUAUUCAGCUUCACCAACAGCUGAAUUAGAGCCGAUGACGAACAACUAUGUACAAACAGAUGAAGAUGAUAUGGGAAUGAGUUAUGCUGAAUUAUCUGUGUUUGGCCGAUUGCGAAAACUAAUGCUUUGUGGACCAUAUAGUAUGUUCUGCAAAUUGGUUCAUCAGUGGAAAGACAGCUGGUCUCCAUUGCAGGUGGCUGAAAAGGUGAAGCAUUUCUUUCGCUGCUACUCUAUCAAUCGUCACAAGAUGACAGUUCUAACACCAUCUUAUCACGCUGAAGGAUAUAGUCCAGAUGACAACAGAUUUGAUUUUCGUCAGUUUCUCUACAACACACAUUGGCCCAGACAGUUCAGAUGCAUUGAUGAGGAAGUUGGUAAGCUUGAUGAUGUUGAUGGAUCAACCCAAGAGCAGUCAGAGCAGGAUAACAACAUUCUUAAGAUACCACACAAUCCGUUGGCACGUCAAUCUUCCAAAACAAAAUCAAGAAAACGAAAGAGAAUGACCAAGACUGUGGAUACUAAAACAUGUGCCACAACAUCAGCUGUGGAACCAGAAACAUCAUUAUAUGACAAUGAAACUCGCCAUUCUUCCAGGCAAUUGAUUGAUCGGCCAACUAAAUGGAAGGUUGCCUCCUCCAAUCUCAUUGAAUCACAGGAGGGGAAAUCAUCAGUGUCAUGGAUUGGUCAUCCUAAAGCUGCAAGACCAAGACUGAAAGCACAUGGUGUUGAAACUAGAUUGAAGAAGCAAAGGUCAAUAUUAGGAUCAGGGAAGAAGUUCAGACAAGUAUUGGACAGAAAUAAGCAAUGGACAGGAACAACAUAUGGUAGAGAAACUAAUGAGAGCAGAGUUUUGAGGAGUGGCACCGUCAAGCGAUUUCGAGAAAGCAGUCAUGAGGCUCUAAGUCCAGUGACAGUAUUGGAAGAGCAAAGAGAGGAUUUUUCUGCAGGUUCAGUUAGGAGAAAAGUACUUGCCACAUCUACUGCUGCUCAUGGAGGCAACUUUCAACCGGAGAAAGAAGAGAACUCAUGACAAACAUGGCUAACCGGCUGUGUUGUUUUGUGGUAUGUCACAAAUUAGACAAACCAUUUUUAAAUGUUUGGUUAUGGUCAAUGUAAUGCAUUUCUUGUUUGUCACACCAGACUCCCAGAGACGUUUGACAUAACAUGUCAGCUGUUUGUUUGUAUUGUCUGUCUGUCUUGCUUGUCUGUCUUUCUGUCAAAUUUCAAUUUACAUAGAUCAAUGGUAGUACAGGUAAAGUAAACACAAACGUUAAGAUCUGUCUGUCAGUCUGUCUGUGAUUUUUAUAAAUUUUUCUAACAAAUUGGUGUUAAUAAUAAAUGCAGCUUGUCUCCAAUGACAAUUUUCAUUUUA